AUGGCAAAGGAUGAAUUGGCGCUUCAAACAGUUGGUUUCCUGGUGGAGGAUGCACAGUUGAGGAUCAUCAAGGAUGCCAUUACUUCAUUGGAGGCGUGGAUGCUGCUCAAAGAAUAUUUCGUGAGAGAUUCAUCAGUUGGGAAAGUUGCGUUGGUCAAAAACCUAUCAAAACUGGAGCUGUCAGAAGACGGUGAUAUGCGGCAACAUCUGGUUGAAUUUGAGGCACUAUUUGAGAAAAUGGAAAACGUCGGAUGCAAAAUGGACGAGGACAUGAAGGCGGCAUUCAUCUUGGCAAGCUUGCCGCAGUCGCACGAAAGUAUCGUGUCGUUGAUUCAAGGGCGUUUAGAUGCGUUCACCACGAACUUUGAAAACGAAGCUGUUAGAAGAGUUUGA